AUUUCAACCCCACUGCUGCACUGCCACCAGAACUGGGUAUGGUUGUUGCCCUUUUUUUUUCUUUUCCAUUUUUGGGCACCCAGCUUAGUGGUUGCUGAAUUCGAGUUAGAGUUAUUGCUUAUGGUGGCCUUAAUUGCGAAGCCAUUUCCAUUAAUUUUAUAUCAAUUAAUUCAGAGCCGUUAUAGUUAUAAUUAUGAGCUAGCGAGUCUUGCAUUAAUUUUCAGCUGCUGCAAAUCCAUGUCUCCAUCUCAUCCUCUCCCACCUUCCCAAUCGCAAGGAACAUCAACGUCGACGGAGGGCAGCCCUGGUAGGUCACCCUUGUCCCACGAGUACAGCCUCGCCGUCCAAAGCACUUCCUACAAUGAGAUUUGGUCUAGGAUUCACGUCCUCCACAGCAACCAACAACAUGAGGAUGGGGAUGAGGAUGGGGAUGAGGAAGACCAACUGGUAUUGGAGCGAGUGCUUCAGCCCAACCGACAGUGCGUGGAAGAGGCCCUCCGCCACGCCGAGUCCAACUCCCUCACUGUUCUCGUCUCCGACUACUUCCGCCACAGCGAGGACGCCACCCAUCUCUGUCUGCUCCUCCACCGCAGCGUCUAUCGAGCACGUGGCCUUUACGCCCCUCUCCAUCAACUGCUCGACGUUUUCGAACCAGACUCGAGCCUCAACCAAUCUCAGUGCAGUCACGCCUUGGACAUCUUCCUACAAUUCGACCGCCACGACAACCCCUUCCCCGCCCCCGACUCCCACAACUUCGACGACACGCGCCGCCUCUUCAACGACCUCAAGCAGCAGCUCGAUAGCCGCCUCCGCGCCUCCCGCUCCAAAAUUCGCCGCAUUCGCCGAGCCAAUGUUGCGUCCACUAUAUGCCUCAUUGGAACUGCCGUGGGAGUAGUGGCUUCUGCGGCCGCAAUCACAGCCCACGCUCUGGCGGCGUUUGUUGUGGCGGGGCCUUUGUGCUGCAGCGGCAGCGGCAGCAGAGCGAGUGCGACGACAAACAAGGAGGUUGCGCAUAUGAAACAAGUGGAUGCUGCGGCCAAGGGGACGUGUGUGCUGAACAAUGAUCUGGCGACCAUUGACCGGCUGGCGCAGCGCCUACAUACGGCGGUGGAGGGCGACAAGCUUCUGAUUCGGCUGGGAUUGGAGAGGGGAGCUCAAGACAAGCAUCCCAUUCAGGAGGUGCUUAAGCAGCUGCGCAAGAGCCACCCCAAUUUCCUCCACCUUGUCAACGAACUUGAUCAACAUAUAUGCCUCUGCUUUAACACCGUUAACAGGGCCAGGUCGCUGCUUCUCCAAGAGAUCUACAAUCUCCAAACAGAGGCAGCAGCCAGCUGAUCGAGCCAUAUAUUGUUUUUCUUUUCUUUUCUUGUAGCUAGCUAGCUAGCUACAAGUUUCUGACUUACUGCAGCUAGCUUAUUAGCCUAGAAAGGCACACCAGCCAUGCUACUCCUAAUUCCUUUGUAUUAAUAGUGAAGUUCAAAGGAGGUUUGAUGCAUUCAAUUGUCAAGCCG